GGUGCUAGAACAGGACUGAAGGGGCAUCUGGACUUUAUUAAAUCACUUUUUGGGGGGAUCAAGCAUGUGAACUUUGACACACCUUCACCAACGAAUCCAGAAGAUUACAAUUAAGUGUUUGGUGGCUUUUAUUUCUCCCCACAGAUUUUUUUUUCACAAACCCUUUGGUCAUAUUAUUAUUUAUUUACUUUUGGAUAACAAAACCAUCUUUCUUCAACAAGAAUCAUCUUACUGUCUCUCCUUUGAGAAACACUCAUCAGAAUACUCCAUCUCCAAUUCAGAAUUCUACCUGUUCCGCUUGAAGUUUUUCCAGACUUACUCUUCUUCACCUUUGACCCGAUCCUUUCUCAGAUCGCUCCAGCAGUCUGUUGCUGCACUCUCCUUCUUCCCCUCAGAUCCAACACAUCAUCCCUUCAUCACCACAUUCCUCAUCCAUUACUCCCAGUGACCCUCGGAGCCUCCGUGGGCUCCCACCAACACCAUGGUGCUGAUGAAGAUGAAGUUCCCUUUUGAGAAGAGGAUGAAGCUAGCCCAGGGGCUGUGGCUGCUCUCCUGGAUGGCCACACUGGGCGGAGCGUUCACCUUCACCCUGGGCUGCUUCCUCAAGACCGAGCUCCGCAGGAGGGCCGAGGUAAUGGACAACACAGAGAUCCAUGCUGUGCCCAACACCCUGAUGAUAGUGGGCAUGGCCUCUCUGGGUAUCAACUACUUUGCUGGCCGUAUGUGCCAGGAUGCCCUGGACGCUGGACGCUUCCCCCGCUGGAAGACCUUCCUACAACCCUACUGGGGAGUCUCUCUCCUUUUCACCCUCCUCAUGCUGAUGACUGUGAUCAUGAGCUACGCCAUGAAGGGGAAUCUGGAGUGGUCCCUGAAGAUCGGCCUGAAGAACGGCAUCCGCUUCUACAAGGACACAGACACCCCUGGUCGCUGCUUCCAGAAGCAGACCAUUGACCGCCUGCAAAUGGAGUUCCAGUGCUGUGGAAACACCGACUUCAAGGACUGGUUCGAGGUCCAGUGGAUCAGCAACCGCUACCUAGACUUCAGCUCUAAGGAAGUGAAGGACCGUGUUAAGAGCAACGUGGACGGGCGUUACCUGUUUGAUGGGGUCCCUUUCAGCUGCUGCAACCCCAGCUCCCCAAGACCCUGCAUUCAGGACCGCCUCACCAACAACUCAGCCCACUACAACUACGAGCACCAGACUGAGGAGCUCAACAUCUACAUCCGCGGCUGCAGGGAGGCUCUGGUCAAUUACUACAUGGGCCUGAUGAACACUAUUGGUGCUGCGGUGCUGUCCUUCUUCCUGGUCCAGUUAUCAGUGCUGGUAAGUCUGCGGUACCUGCAGACAGCCAUGGAGGCGGUGGCAGGGCAGGAGAACACUGAGAUUGAGACCGAGGGGUACCUGUUGGAGAAAGGGGUGAAGGAGACAAUCAUGGAGUAUGUGACUCCUGUGUUGGUUUUCCUUCAGCUGAACCAGGUCGGAAGUGAGGAUGGCAGCGCUGAAGCUGGGGAGACCCCCGCCAAAUAAAGUGGAGAAAUCAAAAGUUUUCAAACCGGGUGGUGUAUGGGGCAAACAUGGCACUUUAUUGGGUAAUAAAUAAUCUAACUAGACACUGAUCAAUUAAUUUGGUAUUUCUUUGACAUCACAAUCCAUUUUAAUGCUGAUAUAUUUCUAUAAUGUUUUACCCCCAAAUGAGUGAUUUGAAUGUUGUAAUCUAUUUCAGUCACUUGAGGGCAAAUACGUUUUUGUAUCAGUUGUCCCAGUCUGAGUUUUAGGUACCCAUGGCCAUGCUAACCACACACACACACACACACACACACACUAAACACACACACAUAAUCCUUUCAUGAUUAAUGAAGCUAUUUGAUGUUCAGUCAAUUCCAUGUUCUCCCCAAAGGAGACAUAAAGAACACAUUUCUUCUUUUAUAACUGGGGGUUGCCAUGCACGAUUAUUUAUACAGUCCACAAUCCACCUUGAAGUAAAAUUUGGUUGUGAUUCAUUAAAAGAUUAUUAAAUUGAGAAAGAUACAAAACCAGCUGUAACAUGAUCAUGACAUGAAUUAGUUGGAUAUGUUCAAUUACCUCACAAUUGCAGUGUUCAACAGUCAAUACCACAACAAUAUCAUGGUUGACACUUACAAUGUAAAGAGAUUUCCAAUUACUGAGGGAUAGAGUUAUAUCAAAUGGAUACAGACACAAAUUUAAAAAAUGUAUUUUGAGGAAUACUUUCAAAAGUACUGUAUAAUCAUGGAACAUUUUGCAUAAAAGACAAACAGCAAUGUAAAGCUGACUGUAGAAUGAUACAAUGCUCAAUGCUCUGCUACAUAACACUCAGCAAAAUGUCAUACACAGCACUGUAUUACAGAACUAUUAUGACAGAGAAUCUAUUAAAGCUGACC